AUGUCCGACGAUGAAGAUACCGAUGCAUCCCUCCUCGCUCUCCUGCGCCAGUCCCUAAGCUUGACGGAAAAUACAGCCACGCCAGCAAUCCCAGAGACUGGCGUCCUCUCUUCUGCCAAAUUCAUCUACAACAACUCCAUUGACGUCGCCAUUGACUCAUCCAGCACCAAGCUUGCCGCCACAAACAUCUACAACCUUAUGCAAUCCAAACAGUAUUCUACUCACUCGUGGUCCGCUCAUGAUCUUCACCCCAAAGCCAAGGAUAAGGCAACGCUGGACUUUAUCUUCACAAUGGAUCUGCUGAAUUUCUCGUUUUGGUCAGAGAGCUCUGAGGAGCAGCGGUUUGCGGUUGAGUACAGGGGGAAGCGGUGGACAGGGUAUUGGAGCUUGGUUGCUUGUUUGCAGAGAGCGAUUGACCAAGACGUACCGAUCACGGAUUCUCAUUUUUGGCAGGAUGAAGGGGAAUGCACUCUAGAGCUGCUGCAGCACCUUUUCCGCUCUACAACCUCAGAGCAGAUACCCAUGCUGCGGGAAAGGCUAGACUGCCUGCGCGAAGCCGGGACGGUGCUGUACAAGACGUAUAGCUGCAGCUUCGCAAACUGCAUAGCCGCAGCCAAGCAGUCGGCAGCCGCUCUGGUGAGCCUCCUCGUCCAAGAUUUUCCCUGCCUGCGCGAUGAACAUCAAUUCGAAGGGAGAAGGGUCCGUAUCUAUAAGCGUGCUCAGAUUCUGGUUGCAGACAUCUGGGCUUGCUUCAACGGCGAGAGCUAUGGCACCUUCCACGAUAUUGACAGCAUCACAAUGUUUGCGGAUUACCGCAUACCACAGAUGCUGCACUCGCUGGGUUGUCUGAUGUUUAGUCCGCCGCUGGAAGGGCGGAUUCGCCGGCAGGAGGAGAUCAAGAGCGGGGAGAGGUACGAGGUUGAGCUUCGAGGGUGUAGCAUCUGGGUUGUAGAAUUGAUCAGGAGGCAGAUUAUGAAUGAUCACCCUGACGCCAAGGUAAACUCGAUCCUCAUAGAUAACUUUCUGUAUGAUACUUUGAAGGAAAAGGAGGCGGCUGGAGAGAUGACAGACAUGAUACCUCAUCAUAGAACGAGAUCAAUUUGGUAUUGA